AUGGUCAGAGCACUGAUUGUGGGCGCCACUAGAGGCCUGGGAGCCUCUCUCACCAAGCAGUACGCCUCCCAGGCAUCAAGCACGGUGUUUGCAACUGCACGAUCAUCGGUGCCCAGUGACUUUCCAAACAACGUCAAAUGGCUGUCAGACAUCGACCUCCAGAAGCCCAAAGUAGGCGACGAUCUUGCACGCCAGCUGAAGGGCGAGAAGCCACUGGAUCUCGUGAUUAUCACGGCCGGUCGCUUCACUACUGAAGACUUCCACGACAAGGGACCGAACUGGGACGAGGAAGUCACGAUGUAUACUACAAGCUCGAUCGCCCCCGUGUUCCUGGUCCACGCGCUAUUUCACGCUGGGCUGCUAUCGAAGGGCUCAAAGGUGGUGCUCGUUUCGUCCGAGUCUGGAAGCAUCACGCUACGUCACGAGUCCGAGGGCGGUGGAAAUUACGCCCACCAUGCGAGUAAGGCAGCUUUGAACAUGGUUGGUAAACUCUUGAGCCUGGAUCUCCAAGACGCAGGUGUGGUGAUUAGCAUCGUCCAUCCUGGUUUUAUGCGGAGUGACAUGACCAAAGGCGUAGGAUUUGACAAGUUCUGGGACGAAGGUGGCGCUGUGACAACUGAUGAGGCGGCGACCAGUCUCAUAGAGUGGACAGAGAAGCUGGACAUCAGCAAGACUGGCGAGUACUGGGCUCCGAGAGGACCGGGUGACAUCGGUACAGCCGAGGCAACGCUGGGCAAGGGCUUAUCCACACCACUCAAGCUACCAUGGUGGCGGCUUCUCCGGCAACCCAUGAACGCCGCUUUGCUGCAAGGAAUCGCGUUGGUUCGGUUGUUGCGCAUCUGUGCCUUCAAUGGCACACGACCCAACGGGAUUUGUAGUCAUGGGUGGCUGGUGAUCUGGCUGACGCCGUGUCGGCUGAGAUACCACCAGCUCUUCGUCGCCAACUCUGGUCUGCCUCUUGCGACGCAGAGGAUGGUCGAUGUCAUCACGCAUGUGAUCUGCCGGCAAAAAACCGGUCUAGAAUCUGACGUGCGUUCUCCGUGCAACGCAGCUUACGCCCAGGCAGCCACCGUAACGUGCCCGCCCUAUUACAAUGAUAAGGGGUGCCAGGAGUACCUUCACACCACUCAGUUUAUACCCGCGGGUGGGAACCCGGGCGGCUUCACCACCUACCGCGACGAGAUGUGGGAUAUUGCCGAGACGGCCGAGUUCCUGUAA